AUGACUCCCUCAAUACUCACGCGGCCGUUGCUGCACGGCCUUACACUUCUUCUAUGCCUCGACCUCCUCGCAUAUUCGCGGGCCGUGGCACAAUCCGGUGACGGUGGAGGAGCUCAGGGCGUGGAACCGGGCGACAUUGGUUCUAGCCCUGGGACUUCGACAGAGGACGCCGGGGCUGCAGGCCCAGAUACCGGAUCUGUCAAUCUGAGCAAAGGAGCCACGAUCGCAAUUGCUCUGGUCGUGAGUCUGGUGGUUGUCCUUGGUGCUGCGAUGACGAUUUUGUUCUAUCUGGCAAAGAAGAGACAAUGGAAGAUCAAGGAGAGCCUCCGAAGGUCAGCAAGAAAGGUCGGAAAUGUUGUCAAGGCUGUUACCACACCGAUUACACCCAAGAAAAUGACCUUCUCUCCGAUAGAGAAGAGACGACGAACGGAGCACGCAUUGAAGAGGGCGAACGACCAACUGCCGCCAUCGAAAUCGACUGUGACCAGUGAAAAGGAGGCUGAAAGUGGAAGCCGAUCGCCGUCGACGGGUAGCAGCCGUGACCUAGAAAAAGGACUUCGAGGUGGUGCUGUCGACGUCGAGUCAAAAUGGGGAAAUGACUCAGUGCAGGUGAAAGCUGGAAAGAAGGACAAGAAACGGCCGAGGCCUCCCAGUGUCACUAUUCCAUCUUCCGCCUUCGAGAUGGACAGUCCCAACACGCCCAUGUGGAAGAGAGUGUUUGGACGGUAG